AACCCACCCGCCGCGGCCACCGCCGCUUCUGGAAUCAUGGCGACCGCUUCGGCGGUAGAAUCCGGCUCGUGCCCGAAGAAGCUGACGCUCUACUCCUACUGGCGGAGCUCCUGCUCGCACCGAGUCCGGAUCGCGCUUAAUCUCAAAGGGUUGGAUUACGAGUACAAGGCCGUGGAUCUAUCCAAGGGCGAGCAGUUCGAUCCAGAAUUCGAGAAGCUUAAUCCAGUUAGGUUUGUGCCUGUAUUUGUGGAUGGUGAUGUAGUAGUUGCAGACUCGUUUGCUAUCAUAUUGUAUUUAGAAGACGAGCACCCUCAAUUUCCACUGCUGCCUCGAGAUCUGAAAAAGAAAGCCCUCAAUCUCCAGGUAGCAAAUAUCAUUAGUUCAAGUAUCCAGCCACUUCAGAUGCUUUCUGUAUUGAAUUUCAUUGAGGAAAAAAUCAGUUCUGACGAGAAAGUUGCAUGGGCUCAGCGUCACAUCAACAAUGGAUUCACUGCAAUAGAAAAAUUGUUAGAAGGCUCUGCUGGGAAAUAUGCUUCAGGAGACAAAGUACAACUGGCAGACGUGUUUCUGGCACCUCAGAUAUAUAUCGGAGUAACACGUUUCCAGAUUGAUAUGUCUCAGUACCCUACGUUAGCCAGAAUCUAUGAUGCGUAUGCUGAACUGCCUGCAUUCCAAGCUGCCCAUCCGAACAGGCAACCAGAUGCAUUUCCUUCAUCUUCACAAUCAUGUUGAAGUUGGACUUGCUUCAUCCAAGAUGUUAUGGUGAUAUUCUACUUUCUGUCUUGAAAUUACAUGUUUAUAUUUGAUCGAAGGGAAAAAAAAUAGUACAUGUUUGUACUGCUGCUUCUGUUGUAUACUUGGAAGACUAAAAGAAACUGCUUGACACAAAAGUUUCAUGUGCACGACAAAUCUGCGAGCAAUCUGCAAAGACUUUUACCAAGGUGGUGCAUCCUAUCACAAAAUGCUUUCGGCAGUCGAGGGAUGUAAUUGGAAUGGCAGAAAACUUCUCUACAUGGUACAUAGCUGCACUUGCAUGUGCCUUUUCUUUGCCAUAUGCAUUGUAUCAUGUGUUUUUUAGCAAAAGAUUUAAUUAGUUUGUGGAAGGUAAUUUUGGAAUAUAAGACCAUGGUUGUUUAAUUAAGGUAUGGUUGAUUUAAAAGGUAAAAAAACAGGGGUUCUCUGCAUA